UGUGGGGUGGCCGGGGCUUUGCUCGGUGGCUGUGGUAGCCCGCUGCCCUGGCUGCGCUGCGCGGGCCGGCACACAGGAGGGCUGGGUGGCCAUGGCAGCAGAGAUGGUGCUGAACCACCGAGAGCCCCACAAGGUGCUGAGCGAGGCUGAUCUGGAGGAGGUGGCACAGCGGAAACCUCCUGCCAAGCCCUCGCUGCACAGCUGUCUCCACAAGACCAGAUGCUCAGCCUCCACCGCCAAGUCCCUGCUGUUCCGGUUCCUGCCCUUCCUGAGCUGGCUGCCCCGCUACCCGAUCAAGGACUGGCUCCUGGGGGACAUUGCCUCAGGCUUCAGUGUGGGCAUCAUGCACCUGCCCCAGGGGCUUGCCUACGCACUGCUGGCCGGCCUGCCACCUGUCACCGGUCUCUAUUCCUCCUUUUACCCCGUCUUCCUCUACUUUUUCUUCGGGACGUCCAGGCACAACUCCGUGGGCCCCUUUGCCGUCAUCUCCGUCAUGAUUGGGAGCCUGACGGAGUCUCUGGUGCCCAGCGAGGACUUCCUGGAGCCUGUCAACGGCAGCAAUAUGACGGUCAAUGAGGAAAGGAGGGACGCUGCCAGGGUGGAGCUGGUGGCCACCAUCACUGUCUUGACAGGCAUCUUCCAGGUGGCCCUGGGCCUCCUGCAGUUUGGCUUUGUGGUGACCUACCUCUCGGAACCGCUGGUGCGUGGGUACACCACUGCUGCCUCCGUCCAUGUCCUCAUCUCCCAGCUCAAGAAUGUCUUCGGGAUCUCCCUGAAUGAGCACUCGGGGCCGCUCUCGCUGUUCGCAACCUUCAUUGAGAUCUGCCAGAAGCUACCAAAUACAAACUUGGGCACCCUGGUGACGGCCAUCAUUGCCAUGGUGGUCAUCUUCAUCGUGAAAGAGCUCAACCACAAGUUUGCCGCCAAGCUGCCCAUGCCCAUCCCCAUCGAGCUUAUCACGAUCAUCAUCUCCACCGGCAUCUCCUACGGCGUCAACCUGAACGCCAAGUUUGGCAUCUCCGUGGUGGGCAACAUCCCCAGCGGGUUGAAGCCGCCCGUGGUCCCUAACUUCAGCUACUUUGGGCAGGUGGUGGGCAAUGCCUUCGCCAUUGCCGUGGUGGGCUACGCCAUCUGCAUCUCCCUGGGCAAGAUCUUUGCCUUGAAGCACGGCUACAAAGUGGACAGCAACCAGGAGCUGAUUGCGCUGGGCUUCUGCAACUUCCUGGGUGGCUUCUUCCAAUGUUUCGCCAUCAGCUGCUCCAUGUCUCGGAGCCUGGUACAGGAGAGCACAGGGGGGAACAGCCAGGUAGCCGGUGUCAUCGCAUCCCUUGUCAUCCUGGUGACCAUCCUGAAGAUCGGAGAGCUCUUCCGGGACCUGCCCAAGGCCAUCUUGUCUGCCAUCAUCAUCAUCAACCUCCACGGUAUGUUCAAGCAGUUUAAAGAUAUCCGCAUGCUCUGGAAGUCCAACCGAGUGGACCUGAUGGUCUGGGUUGUGACAUUCCUGGCCACCCUCUUGCUGAACUUGGACAUCGGCCUGGGGGCCUCGGUGGCCUUCGGGCUGCUCACCGUCAUCUUCCGCACCCAGCUCCCCCACUACUCCAUCAUGGGACGCAUCUCCGACACUGAAGUCUACAGAGACGUGGCUGACUACCAGAUGGCACAGGAGAUCCCUGGUGUGAAGAUCUUCCGCUCCUCCUCCACUCUCUAUUUUGCCAACGUGGAGCUGUACGCUGAGGCCCUGAAGAAGAAGAGCGGCAUCAACGUUGACCGCCUGAUCAAGAAGAAGAAGAAGGCCCUCAAGAAGCUGAAGAAACAGCAGAAGAAAGCAGAGAAGGAGAAGGCAAAGAGGAAAAAGGACGCAGAGGACGGGCUUAAUGGUCCGGGAGUGUCGGUGAUCGAGCUGAGCGGGGCAGAAGGCAGUGCACCCCCCGAGCCCACCCUGCGCACCCUGGGGCUGCCCCAGCCCCCCUUCCACACCGUCAUCUUGGACUUCAGCACUGUCAGCUUUGUGGACACUGUCUCUGUCAAGAUCCUGAAGAACAUCUUCAGGGAUUUCCGUGAGAUAGAAGUGGACGUCUUCAUUGCCUGCUGCUCGGGUGAGGUGGCCCUGCAGAACCAUCAGCCCUUGCUGGGCGUGCCCACCCAUUCGGGACGCAGCUGCUGGCCUGGGGCUCUGCUGCCCUCCAUGGUGUCCCCAUCCCCUGGGUUUCCCCAGGGGACAGGUGCUGCAGUCUCUGUCCUCGCCCAGCUGGAGCGGGGCAACUUCUUCAGCUCGACCAUUACCAAGCACUGCUUCUUCCCCUCCGUGCAUGAUGCUGUGCUCCACAUCACCGGGGAGCAGCGCCAGGCCCCGGCGCACCACAGCACCAGGAUGUAGCCCUGCGAGAGGAAGACGCGUCUCCCCGAGGAGCUGGGCGGAUGAAGGGGCCUUUGCCACCCCGACGGCACCAACUCACCCACCCUGGGGCCCGGGGGCCUUGUACCCCCACCAGCCCCUCUGGACUUUCGAGGGCUGGGGCCCUGCCCUGGCCGUGAGCUCCUGCUGUGACGGAGCUGCCCCAGCCCCUCAGGCCGAGGUGCCCGCCGGGAGCCCCCGCGCAGCCCCACCACGGGCCUGUCCCACCGGGCUGGGCCCUGGUUUGGAGGGGCAGCGGAAGGACCCCCGGACCCGGCCAGCGCAGUUGGCGUCGCGGAUAAAAAUCAUGUAGCUUUUUCUCAGGUUUCGUUUUAACGCACUUUCCUCAAUAAAGGUGACCUCAGGCUGGGUGGCCUGGCUGCACCCCGGUGCUUGUGGGCACUGCCUGGCGGGGCCCAGGCCCGGGCCUGGCCCUCCCUGCGGGCAAGCUGGCCC